GCGGGCGCCGGCAGAGCCGCGGCGGAGGGAGGCGGGACGCCGAGCUCGGCCGAGAGGUUCGUGGUUCCGGAAGCCCCUGGACGUGGCCGAGGCUGUGAGGGCUGAGGAACUGCUCCGAGCUGAGCACACCCCUGUGUGAGCUGGUACUGCUCUGGGUUGCGAUGACAUGCUCACGACCAAGACAGGCAAGGACUCACUUUCCUGGACCUUCCACGCCAGAGGGAGGACACAGCUGGUGACCGCCAUGAUCCCUUGGGUCCUCUUGGCCUGCGCCCUCCCUUGUGCAGCAGACCCGCUGCUUGGUGCCUUCGCCCGCAGGGACUUCCAAAAGGGCUCCCCUCAACUUGUCUGCAGCCUCCCUGGCCCCCAGGGCCCACCCGGCCCCCCAGGAGCCCCAGGGCCCUCAGGAAUGGUGGGGAGAAUGGGCUUUCCUGGAAAAGACGGCCAGGAUGGCCAGGACGGGGAUCGGGGAGACAGCGGAGAGGAAGGUCCACCUGGCCGGACAGGUAACCGGGGGAAGCCAGGACCAAAGGGCAAAGCCGGGGCCAUUGGGCGGGCUGGCCCCCGCGGCCCCAAGGGGGUCAGUGGUGCCCCGGGGAAGCACGGCACACCAGGAAAGAAGGGACCCAAGGGCAGGAAGGGGGAGCCGGGCCUCCCAGGCCCCUGCAGCUGCGGCAGCGGCCGCGCCAAGUCUGCCUUCUCAGUGGCCGUGACCAAGAGUUACCCAAGGGAGCGGCUCCCCAUCAAGUUUGACAAGAUCCUGAUGAACGAGGGCGGCCACUACAACGCAUCCAGUGGCAAGUUCGUCUGCGGCGUGCCGGGGAUCUACUAUUUCACCUACGACAUCACGCUGGCCAACAAGCACCUGGCCAUCGGCCUGGUGCACAACGGCCAGUACCGCAUCCGGACCUUCGAUGCCAACACGGGCAACCACGACGUGGCCUCGGGCUCCACCAUCCUGGCUCUGAAGCAGGGCGAUGAGGUCUGGCUGCAGAUCUUCUACUCAGAGCAGAAUGGGCUUUUCUACGACCCUUACUGGACCGACAGCCUCUUCACGGGCUUCCUCAUCUACGCCGACCAGGACAACCCCAAUGAGGUGUAGACAGGCAGGUGCUGGAUCUCCAGGAAGGAGCAAGCUCCUGGAGUUCCAGAACAAGACCCCUCGACUCUCUGCCGGGGGGGCAUGGGAACUUUCAGCCUCCUCUGCCCGUUUUUCCCUCCAUCAUUAAAUCCAAGCUUUUUUAUUCACCCUUCCAUCUAUCCAUUCCCU